AUGGCUGACCAGUUCACUCGGAGGCGUUCACUGGCGGGGGUUCACUUGGGGAAGAAGAAAGGGUUAAAUGAGAUAGACUUUGAGGAGGUCACCAUAAGUCUCUCCAAACGCCAACAAUUGUCUCCUGAAUUUGAAGAAAUUAACCCCAUCAGGCAAAUACCAGCUAUAAUGGAUGGAAGAUUUAAGCUUUCCGAAAGUCAUGCAAUACUUAGAUACCUGGCUUGGGCAUUUCCAGGAAUUGCAGAUCAUUGGUAUCCAGCUGACUUAUACAAAAGGGCAAAGGUUGAAUCUGUGUUGGAUUGGCAUCGUACUACCUUCCCUCGCGGUCCAGCUUCAUAUGUGUUUUAUUCUGUUCUUGCUCCUGCGGUUGGGUUGCCUUUGAAUACAAAAGCAGCAGCAAGAACUGAAAAGAACCUUAUAGCAUCUAUUGCAACGAUCGAGUCUGUUUGGCUCCAGAAAAAAGGACGGUUUUUGCUUGGGAAUGACCAACCUUCAAUUGCAGAUCUUAGCUUAGCGUGUGAGAUUAUGAACCUUGAGGUUGUGGAUGAGAAGGAUCGUGAGCGGAUAUUAGGUCCAUUCAAAAGAGUUCAGAAGUGGCUUGAUGACACGAAAAGUGCCAUGGCGCCUCAUUUCGAAGAAGUGCAUUCAAUCCUCCCCGAAGCUAAAGAGAAGUUGCAAAAGCGAAGAAAUGAUGGGGGAAAUAGAAUUACUCAACCGAGCAGAAAACCUGACCUGCUUUCGAAGAUGUGAAAAAGCAGUUAGGAAACAAGACACUGCAUUAUGCUCCCAGCAUCGUGGAUACCUAUUUCUUGUAAACUUUCUAUUGAAGCUGAUCAGGAGGAGAAUUCUGAUCCGAGCUUUCCCUUUUCAUUUUAUAUAUCAAUUUAUAUUCAUAAAAUAAGUGCACAGU